AUGGCCGGCAUCGUAUUCGAAAGUAUCGCGGUUUGUCGUCGGUCAACCUACCGUCUUCGUUAUCUGCGCGUCACUCAACGUCCAUUUGUUCUCUGGCCAUCUUUGGUGACACAACAGCAUCCAGGCCAAAGGUACAGUAGUUCCGAUGGUUCCGCCGAUCAGACUGGCCAAGAUCAGCUGCACCAGAUGAAGCCCAUCCAGUUGGGUCAGGGCCUGGUUCCGAAAGGCAAGGGUCCUGACGGUUCGGAGGUGACAGCAGCACCCCCUCAAGACCCUAAAGAUGCACCUGGGGAGAAGCAAUCGGAGUUGCCCUACGAGGUCAGACCGGAGAUACCCUUAGAGGCUCCGAAUCGCCUUAACCCCACGCCCCUGGAGGUAAAGCCACCCAAUCCACAUACUAUUAUUUGCACCUCCGACUCUGAGGCGUUAGGUGAUAAAGCUCCAAAGGAUGUAGACUCCACUAUAGGUUCUGAAGUGCAAUCGAACAGUUCCUCCUCAAACGAGUUACCGCCCCCAGUAAUCAAUUUAAUGGAUGACCAAACCCCAUCUCCAACAGCGACUGAACUGGAUUAUACAGAAUCUCCUUUCAUUUAUAUUGAAUCUGACCUGGACUAUCAAUCGCCACCUGUAACAACAACUGUUGAAGACACUGGGCAUCAAACCGAACCAACUGAGAAAAAGGCUCAGUCUGCAUAUCUUAUUAAAUCUGAUGAAGAUGCUCUGCCUCCAUUGCCAUCCCAGUACGAUAACAAACCACUGCCCAAGGAACCUGGAUCAAUUGCAACCCUGGACCUUAAGGUUAAGCCCCAGUCAAGCCCUUCGGCAGACAAUUCAGAACGAAUCUCUCAGCCAAAGUCAGAGGCAAUCGGUUCAGAGUGGUCUCAUGGCUCCAGUUUUGAUUUGCCUGGGGAAGGCAAGAUCGCCGAACAAAGAGCAGAGGUCGAGCCGAUCAUCAGCAGCAGUGCCAAGGACGAAUAUGAUGGUCAUUUUGUUCAGACUUUAGAUAAUCAGGAUCAGGAAACAAAGGGUACUUCACCUGCAGAAACGGUCAGCGAAAACGUUAACGACCACGAGAUAAUUGAUCAGUGGGUGGACAAAUUUAUGCGAUAUUACAAUGCAGAAAACGCUGCUUUUGGUCUCAAUAAUGAAAAUCAAGUUAGGGCCUCUAGCGAUAAGCAAAAAUCAGAGGCCAUAGAUGAAAAGGCUAGAAAUCGUUUGCAGAAAAUGGUAAUGAAAGAUAAUAAGUGGGUUUUCGAUAACAAGGAUUCUGCAAAAACUGAAUCACCCUCAUCUGAACCUAGUUCCUCCACAACUAAAAAAAGUGACUUGCCACUAAAAAAUAAAAUCGAGGCCUCUAGCGACAUGCUUAAUUCAGAGUCCCAAGAUGAAAAGGCUAGAAAUCGUUUGCAGGCAAUGGUGAUGAAAGAUAAUAAGUGGGUUUUCGAUAACAAGGAUAACAAGGAUACUGCAGAAAAAGUAGCACCCCGCUCAGAUGUUAGUUCUUCCCCCACUCUUAGAAGUACCCAUGAAGAUGACUUUCCACUGGACAUAGAGACGACACAGCAUGACAAAGCAUUUAGUAAUAAAAAGGAUGAAACACCUGUGCUUACUAUGGUGAUGAAAAAUAAUGAAUGGAUGAUUGAGAACAAGCAUACUGCAGAAACCCCCUCCGAUCCUGUCUUAUCUAGAAAUGAUAAGACUAGCCCUAAAGGUAUCUCGCCAGAAAACAUAGAGGCAAAUUACAAAUCCCACAAGGAUGAAAAGUCUUCGAUGUCCAUGGUGAAGAAAAAUAAUGUUUGGGUUCUUAGGGACAAAGACACUGCAGAGUCCAUAUCACCCUCCCCUAAUUCAACUUUAACUGAUAAAAGUAACCCUGAAGGAACACUGCCGCCGAAAGUAAUGGCCACAGAGUUCAGGGAAUCAAAGAAAGCUUCACCAGCGCUGGGGUCUGAUAAGCAGGCUCAUAUUGAUGCCUCCACAAUACCCGUUCAGCUUAUCCUUGGCCAGACUCCUGCAGCAGAUAAAUCUGAAUCUAAAGUUACCGAAAAGUCUCCCGGCCAAGCCACAGAGGAAAUCGUUGCAUUGUUUGAAAAAGAUGGCAGUAAAAAGGGAGACCAGAAGCAUUUAAAAUUCUUAGAUAGGACUACUAUUCCUGAGUCCACUAAGGAUACUUUUGCGGAUGUCCUGGAAAUACCAGCAACAGUAACCCACAAGGCGGAAGAUGCAGAUGAGGAAAAACUUGAUAAAGCCCAGGAGAAGAAAGAUGCAGGCGAUUACUUUUCAAAGUUAUUCGAUCUUGAAGAAUCAUUAAUCGCAAACAGUGCUGACGAUAAAAAUAGCAACAUAGUCAGUAUGGAGAACAGCAAGAUGGAUGACUUUUCGGCCGAAAUUGAUUCCUCUUUCGAAAAGGCUGCCAAAGAUUCAGAUUCAGAUUUCAGCGAAAUAGUUGAGGAGGUUGAUUUUAACAGUAUUCUGAAAGAAGUUGAACAGAAGAACGAAAGCGAGACUGAAACUACGUCACUGUUACCUCAUGAUCUCUACGAUCCAGUAUCGGAUGAGGUUAUCGCUCCUGAGGUGGAGGAUCGCGAACACUGGAAUACCGACUCAGAGGCAUCAGAGGUCGAAGCCAACACGGAGGAAACCCCGAUGAGAAGGGAAAAGCCAGAAUUGGAAGAAGGCGAGCUGUCUAUGAAGUUGGUAGACUUGGAUUCGACGGAGAAGCCGUCUGAAGAGACGGAGGUGCCAUCUGCAGCUCCAGAGAUGCCGCCUGCAGCUACAGAGAUGCCGUCUGCAGCUACAGAGAUUCCACCUGCAGCGACGGAGAUUUCAACGUCAGAGGCGCAGAUUCCGCCGUCAGUGGAGAGAAUUCCGGCUUUAGGGUCGGAAUCGAGUGCACCAAGACAGAAGAGUCUCAUUCAAAAACUCUUCGAGAAGAUCCUGGGCGGUAGAAAUAAGAAUGAAGGAAAGCGUGAGAUGUCCACCUACGCGGUUCAACGACAACUGAGCACUUUUGCACUUCCGCAAAGUCAUUCGCCAAAUGGUGUCAAGGACUUAAGGCAGGGAAAUCCUGUGCGAGCCUUGGCCGGGGGGAGUUUGGAGAUUAGUAAAAUUCACUCAUUCAUUCAUAAGGCUCCUGCGGAAGUGAUCCUGAAGGAGGCGGAUAUGAAGACGCCCGUACUUUUCGCCAAGGAAACAAAGGAUCUUACGGAAAUAAAGGGUGGCACCACCUCCUGCGCAUCGCCGAAGAAAUCGCCACGCGAUCUCCUGCGGGAGAAGCAGGAUUCCAAGAAGAUUAAGAUUUUUGGCGGAUCUGAGGAAUGUGCCAAAAAGAUGAAGCGGAUCAAGGAGCUAGAAAAGGAAACUGAUGACGACUGCGGCAGUGAUCACUUUAGCAUAUUGCAACCUCUUAGCUAGCUUCGGGUAUCUAUUAGAGAUGGACUGACCUACCCUCUAACUCGUCUAACUGGACGAUGGAAUGGAUUAAGAAUGCGAUAGAUAUGAUGCCACCAAUCUUUGGGCAAGCGAAAUAGUCUGAUCUAUAGGAUAUUGCUGCCUAAAUUAAUGCAGACUUUGAAUAUUUUUUUCUCUUGAGAAUCUUAAAAAAUUAAUUAUUUUACCGAAAUAAUUAUAAAAUUUUAUUUCAACAUUCAGUA